AUGCUCUUUGGCAGCAGCAGCAGAAGCUUCGGCGUCGAGACCGCGCCGCGACUGCUGAAUGCUGUCGAGAGAACAGAAUACGCGGAUCAUAUCGGACCCGCGCUGGUGGCAAACGUGUGGAUCUCCUCCUUUGACAUUCCCGUGGACGUCCUCGUGGACGCGAAGAUCUCGCGCCAAGCGAUUACGGUCACUGGUCUCGCGAUGGAAGCGAAACUGGCAGUACUGGCGGCGUGCAUGCACGCAGAGCGCUGCCUAGACGCAUUGAACAUCCCUCUCUUCACGUCGGAGCAGCGUCAGCAUCAGCGCGUGCUACAAGCCCAGGCGGAAGGUCGCACAGCCCCUGAGGUCACAGCCGAGCCGCUGGAGCUGUCGUCAGUACACCUACCACUCGGCGUCUUUCUGCCUGCUGCCACCUCUGCUGAGGCCAUCCAAGCCGCUGGUAGAACGCGGUCUUUUCAGCCGUUGCAGACCUCUUCGGCACUGACGAACUACGGGGGAAACGGCGGGGCGAGCACCACAUCCGGCUCAUCGACUAAAGGCGGCGGUGCACAGCCUGGCAAGGGCCUCCUUCGCCGUCCCGCACGCCGCUGGGAUAUGGUUAAGCCUCGAUAUGGCGCCGAGUGGUUCAUUCGUGUAGCCCUUGAUGAGCUCGCCACUCUCCAGUCGACGAUCUUGGCGCACAAUCGCCCGCUUUUAGACGAUGACGAUGACGAUGAAGUGGGCGAACUGGACAACGUUGUCAUCUCUGCGAACGAGGUGCAGAUUCUGCAGCCAGAGGUGGUGCCCGGUGGCACUGGUGCCGGUACUGCUGCUACCGCCGGCUCCGUGAGCAAUCGCGGUUAUCGAGAAGCGCAGGACGCCCACGCGCCGUCCUUGCCGAAGGUGCUCGCGUACGAGCGGAUGCUGUUUCACAUCCAGUCCAAGUCGGCGCACGCAAUGGUGGACGAGACGGAGGGCGGUGCCUUUGAUCUGGUGGAGGACGACUAUGAGAGUUGGUGGCACGAGAAGGAGACGCCGAGCUGUCGCUGCCUGCGUGACCCGGGCGCGGUGGCGCGUGUGAGCAGGUAUCUGGAGCGCCUGACGGGGCACGACCUCGACUCCAGCAUCCAGACGCGGGCGGCGGAGGAAGAGACGAACGUGUGGCAGCAACGGCCCUUAAAGGUGAGUGUGAUGCUCAAAACGUGGUACACGAUGUGGCUUGACAUUCCUGGAAUCCCAGUCCCCGCAGUAGGCAAGGCAACGACGCAGGAGGGGGCACGGGACCUGUGCGCGAUGCACGCGGAACUUCUUCUGCAGUGGCUCGGCCUUCACGUGUACGAUACCCCUCGCGAGCAGGCGAUGUACUACGACGCAUGUUUGCGCUGGGGGCGCCUCAUAGCCGCCGAACCCAUCGACCCAGCCACCGUUGAUGUGAAGACCGCGAAAUUGCCGAAGCCGCUGAAAGAAUGGUUUCGCAGCAUCAGCAAGCUCCGAGCGCGACGUUCUGAGCGAAACGUCGUGGAGAAGCUGCUUCAUCUGAAUCGCAUAGUGGUCUGCACGUUUCGAAAUCACCUUGUCGAGGUCAACGUCAUGGACAACCCCGAAUAUAAAGAACUGCUUUCACUCGUCGGCCCAUGUCUCCGCUCUUUCAUGGUGGCGGUCCAGCACCCGUACGAGAGCGCCAUCUUCUGCUACGUGUAUUGCAAGGAUAGCCAGUAUCGCUCGACCGUGUAUCUGCCCCUGCCAGAGCGGUAUGGCGUGCGUGGUGGGUACUGCAUCGGUCCGACGCCGGAGUCCUCCAUUGUUUUGUGCACCCUCCACGCCGUUGAUGUGUUGUGUGCGCUGGAUGUCGUGCCUGCUGUGUGCAUGGAGCAGCCGCGCUGGCAGCGGAUGAUGGAGGUGCGCGAGUCCCUCGGCCUCAUCAUGCCAUCAUCGUAUGUGUACAAGGAGCGGCUGGAGCGCGCGUCGAGCACAGAGGCCGCGACCGCGCUGGGACCGCCGCCGCUGCCGCCGCAUCCACGGCUGCGGUCUCCUCCCGCGUACCGCGAUGUGCCGAUGUUCUCGAGCAGGAGAAUACCUCCCUACCAGGAGGUGUGGCAGAUCAUGCUGACGGACGUUGACAUCUUCGACGUGGCACCUGACCUGCGCACAUUGAAUGACGAGGCAAAGCGCUUGCAUGUGCGUUCCGUGUUCGACCUUGCGCAGAUCCUGUUCGAGGAGUUUGCGCAGUACGCGUUCGGCUGGCGAAUCGGGCAGCGGCGACAGGGCGAAUACCUAUUCCACUACGCCGGGCCGCAACACUAUCGCGGAGUCGCUCGUCGAAUCGCCAACAACUUCUGGAUGGAGCUCCCGUUUGACCAGGCGGUGUACGGGCGUCGAGUCGCACUCGGUCGUUGCCUCACCCGCAAAGGAGCGGAGCGGAUGGUGUACAUUCAUGCCCUUCGCAUCGCGCACGUGCUGAAGGCAACCCCAUGGGACACGCUGCCGCUGUCAAAGCUGGCGGAGGAGUUGUACAACAACAAUCUGGUGCAGGCCACAUCGCGGCACCAAGAAUGGAAAUGGGUCUGCCGCACACUCCUAGAUUGCACCCACGUCGACAGUGCCCCUGACGGGCCGCGCCACGAUGGCGCUGCCAUCCGUGAAGCAGAGAUCAUGCAUGAGUUCGUCCGACCGGUGGAGGAAGUACCCGCAGCCGCUACCACGGACUCCGCCUCUCCAGUCUCUGCCGACGGCGGCCAUGGCGGUCCUUCAGCCAUUGAUCUGCGUCACGUGUUGUCGCCACAUCCGGUGAUGUCACGUGAUCUGGCGAUCAAAACUCUGAUCUAG